AUGUUUUCUUACGCAUCAUUUUAUAAAGUCUGGAGGUCCAACAGGAGAUCAGAGGACCAGGAAGAGGACCAGGACCGGGACCGGGACCGGAAUCAGAAUCUGGGCCAGGGCCGGGAAGAGGACCAGAACCAGAACUAGGACCAGGGUGUUUCUGGGGGAGAGGCCGGCCUGCCCACGCUGAGGGGCGGAGCAGUGCAUGCGCUGAGCUGGCAGACUCUGGGCUGGUCCUGACGGGCUGGCGGGGCUCCGGGCGGCAGGCUGCGCUUCACUCGGUCGAGGGAAGAAAACACCAGAACUCAGCGUCUCCUGGAGGAAAACACCGGAGAACAACGGAACCGAGCUGCCCGGACCUGUAUCCGGACGACGACGAGCCGAUCCUCCCUCCGACCCUCCGCUCCGAGCCGCCCUCCAGACGAACCCCCACCGGACCGAUGCUCUCCGGAUCCGGGCAGGAAGCAGCUCUGCGCCGCUGAUGCUCUCCGACCGGGGUCUCCUGCAGCCCUGCUCCGGAUGUUAGAAGGUCUCCAGCGGCCUGGUACCAUGUAAACCCCUCAGACCUGGAGCUGCAGCUUCACACCUCCAGCUUCUUCUACAGAGAGCCAUGGUCUGGGGACGGACCUCCGAGGACUCCUAGUUCUGGUUCCUCCGGACUGUCAGCGGCACACGUCGGGUUUUUACCGGAGGAGAAGCGACGAACUGCCGAGGAGUCUGUCCGCACUGAGCCGCCGGAGCAGCGGGACUUUACGGCCGAAGUUUGCAGCGGAGCGACGGGACUGAACCGGAGACACCCGCGGUGUUUUCACGUUGGGAGGUCCUCUGGUUGCCACCAUGCUUUCUCUGGACGAGCCCCUGGACCUGAAACUCCCUCGGCGGGCCAAUGGGAGGGACCGAGGGGCUCGCUCUCCGCCCCUCAACCCGCUGCACCACAGACGAGGCCGACAGCUCCACAUGGCCGACGACGGGACGGCGGUCAUCGAGCCGGCAUCACCAGCAUCUCCACACACAGGUAUGCAGGUGGUUCCUCAUGACCGGACAGAAACCCCCACCCCCCCAGCGGUGGACCUCAGCAUGUCCCCGUCCUCCCGCCACACGCCCAGCUCUCCAGAAACCACCAACGGCAACUACGUCCAAUCAGGGAACAUCUCUCAAGCCUUCCAGUUCUUUGUGCCGAUCGGAGCCGGGUCUGGACUCCACCUGCCCUCCUCCAUGUUCAUCACCCAGACCAGCGACAAGAGAUCCUCUCCAGACCUCUCAGCAGACGAACAGCUGGCCUGCCGCUGGAAGAAGUGCCAUCUGCUGUUCGACUCCCUACAAGACCUGGUGGACCACGUCAACGACUUCCACGUCAAACCUGAGAAGGACUCUGGGUACUGCUGCCACUGGGAGGGCUGCGCUCGCAAAGGGAGGGGCUUCAACGCCAGGUACAAGAUGCUGAUCCACAUCCGAACCCACACCAACGAGAAACCCCACCGCUGCCCCACCUGCAACAAGAGCUUCUCACGGCUGGAGAACCUCAAGAUACACAACCGCUCCCACACAGGUGAGAAGCCCUACAUCUGUCCUUACGAGGGCUGCAACAAGCGCUACUCCAACUCCAGCGACCGCUUCAAACACACCCGCACUCACUACGUGGACAAGCCCUACUACUGCAAGAUGGUGGGCUGCCUGAAGCGCUACACGGACCCCAGCUCCCUGCGGAAGCACAUCAAGGCCCACGGACACUUUGUGGUCCAGGAGCAGGGCUCCCCAGGGGGGGUGGGCUCGCUGCUGAAGGGCCAGAGCUCUGGAGGGAAGGAUUCAGAGCUGUCCUACGUCAGCGGGGCCCACAUCAUCAUCCCAGGGGCCGCGGCCGCUCUGCUGGGGGGCCACGCUCUGCAGGGCCUUGGCGGGGGUCUGCCCCUGUCCCCCCUCAGUCCUCGGCCCCUGGACCUCAGCACGCUGGGGUGCCCCAACUCCCCUCCGGCCGGCCUGGGAGGGACGUCCAUCCUAUCCUUCAGUGGCCCCCCGCUGGGCCUGGCCAAGGCUCCCCUGCUGUCCCCGGCCUUCCCCUCCUCCUCCCUGGGCCUCCCCAUAGUGCCGGUCCUGGGGGGGGCGGAGCGCCGGGGCCAGAACCACCCAGCCAAGAAGCCCCGAGGAGAGGAGGCUGAGAACGGGGCUGGGGGAGUCCUGAACCUCUCCACCGGGGGCCCUCAGGAUCCCCUGUCCUGGGUGGUCAUCCCCCCUGGAACGGUGGUGCUGAAGCCAGCUGUGGUCAACUAACACACACACACCAACACACGCUAACACACACACUAACACACACCUACACACACCAGCACACACACCAACACACACUAACACACACACUAACACACACACACACACUAACACACACCUACACACACCAGCACACACACACAAAUACACACACCAACACACACACUAACACACACAUUCCAGAAGAGCUCAGGGGGCGAUAUAGGGGGUUAUAGGUGGUUAAUAGGCGGGUAUUGGGGGUAUUAGGGGGUUAUAGAGGGUUAUGGGGGGUUUGGGGCGUAUUUGGAGUCAGAGGUGACAGGGAUUGGUUUGCACAAUCAAAUCCAGGCGAUGUUUUGUGGCGUUUGUAAAAAGAGAAAACAGAAAGGACUGAACUGAACGCGAGCCUCUCGUUGGGCCCAAGAACUCUUUCUGUGUUUCUGUCUCAAGGCCUUCCAGGCUCCUUUUCUACUUCAUUCAUUCCUGUUUGUGGUUCUGUGGACGAGGACCGUGAACGUGACGGUCUCAGAGCUCUGAUUCCUCCAGAACUAUUUAAUGACUGACCUCUGACGGUGCCUCCAGCUUAGAGAGGCCAUGAAUGACACACUCACACUUAGACUAAUGAGCACGAAGCAGGAACAUUCUCAGAUCAUUUACAAGUUACGACCUAUUUUUCACAGGCUGCUGUGAUUAAUACGAUUCAGACAAACUUGCCGAACCAAAGCAAGUGAGCUCAGCCUGUCAACUAAACACAGCACUUAAUCUAUCUCCUGGUUCUAGAAGUGAAACCUCAAACCUGCUGCUAACCUCUCAGCUCCUCCAGAACGAGCACUUUGACAAUCUGUUCCCAGUCUGGGGAAGGAGACCCCACAGACCAGCCGAGUCCACCAGAAUGUGUUCCAGCUGUGCAGGUGUUCCAUCACCUGGCAGCGACAUCACUUCCUGUUCAGGCCCUGGUGAGUCCGACUCCCCCCUGUUGGGACACGGCGUCCUGUCGUCUACAGAACCAGCACUGUUUGGCUCCGCCUGCUUCCCGUGGUUGAAUCAACGGAGCCGGUUUGUGCAUGAAAGGACCUCUGUGGCGACAAACACGACGCUGUUGUACUUUUACAGUAACCCGACCCACGACCAGCUGUGAAAAACAGCUGGUUGUACAGUGGAAGUCUAGUUCAGCUCCGUCAGUGUUGUCCCAUGUCCAGCGAGUCUCCUGCUGUGCCAAAAAUCACUGUAGAGGGCGACGUUCUGUCCACCAGGGGCGACGCUCUCAGAGCCACAAACAGCUGGACUGACUGGGAAACCACACUAUUGCAAACUGCCUCAUUUUAUUCUGUCCAAAGGGGCAAAAAAGAGAAAAAACUACAAAAAAAGACUUCUGGGAAACUUCUUCUCAUGGUUCGAUUAGCAUCAACAUGCACUUACAAGCUCUGUUCGUUAGCGUGUUUCUGAGACGGUUUUAUUGUUCUGAUGCUGUCAGGAGGAGGAGGAGGAGAGGAUCAUCAGAACACAAGGAACUUCCCCUCAAGAGACUCAAUUCUCCCUUCGUCCCCAUCCCUCCUCUCCACAUCUGGUUUAUCACUGCCGGUCUCAGGCUUCACUGGUCGCUGUUUCCUGUUUCUGUUGUUGUUUUUCGCUGUUGUUCAGACGAGACAUUGAUUCCUGAUGUUGAACUUGCUUCUUGUGUUUCUGCUCUGCUAUCAGCUUUCUGCUGUCGAGGACGAGUCUGUCAAAAGGGUUGAAGAGAGGAAGGUUUGGGUGGACGUCCAGGGGCAGCGGUUCUCAAUCUGGGGUUUGGGAUGCCAAAGGGGUCCAAAGAAAAGUCUGAGGGGUAAUCUGCAGUAGAUGAGGUGUUUUAGUCGUGCUGGCUCACUGAAUGGACAGAUUAGUCAGCUGGUCAGCCCCAGGUUUGGUGGAAAUAUCUCAACAACAGGAUGAAUUACUGCUGAAUGCCACUUAGAGAUGAAUCCUGCUGAUUCUGGUGUCCUCCUACAUGUUUAUAGGACAGUUUGGCUUCAACUGAAACACCUCAAGAACCUUUGGAGGUUUUUCAUGUGUCCUUCAAGAUGAGUUUAAUUAGGAAAUGUUAGUAGAUUCUUGGUGAAGUUCAAGCUAGUAGGCCGUAGAUUCUUGGUAAAGUUGAGGACUGCAAAACACUUGAAAGAGAGUUUUGCAGUCCUCAACUUUACCAAGAAUCUGAAGUCUAUAUAUCUACAAUACCCUUCAAAAUUCUGGGGUCAUCCUGACAAUUUAAUAUCUUCCAUGUAAACUCCCACUUUUAUCCAUGUGCUAACAUAACUGCACAAGGGUUUUCUAACCAUCAAUGAGCCUUUCAGCACCAUUAGCUAACACAAUGUAGCAUUAGAACACAGGAGUGAUGGUUGCUGGAAAUGUUCCUCUGUACCCCUAUGGAGAUAUUCCAUUAAAAAUCAGCUGUUUCCAGAUAGAAUAGUCAUUUACCACAUUAACAAUGUCUACAGUGGAUUUAUCAUUCAUUUAAUGUCAUCUUCAGUGAAAAAAACGCUUUUGUUUGAGCAAUAAGGACAUUUCUAAGUGAUUUUAAUCUUCUGAACAGCAGUGUAGUGUUAAACAAUGUUAGUAGAAAUGACAGACUGGCUGAUCUAAUGAUCUAUAAUACGUCCAAACCAGGUCUAGACGUUGAUUCCAGGUUAUAAGAACAGAAGAUGUUGGUUUGCUUUCAGGGUCAGGAGCCUCAUUGGUUGGAACCGCUGCUCUUGGGAGUAAAAUGGGUUUCAUUUCACAUCCAUUGGACCAAAUGACAUCACAUUCCUACACGACAAUCACAUCUGUGUUAAAUCAUUUCCUAGUAAGUUCUCUAACUCUAAAUUAUCUGGGGGUUGGUUUGGAUCUGAGGCUCUUCUCAGGCAUAGAGAGGUUGUUCCCGCUGUGAAAUGGAGGGCAGUGCUGGGUGAGAGCUGAAUGCUGAAUGGUGGAGGAUGGACGGCGGCCCAGAGAGGCAGCAGCUCUCCAUCUGGAUGCCUCUCCAGCAAACAGCCUCAGCUCUGAAGUCAGCGGCUGCCCAGCGCUCACACCGGCCCGGGAAACUAGGCCACUGAACUCUGUCUGCCCUCCCCGGCUUUUUUUCUUUCCCUUUUUUUAUAGAUUAAACCCAAAAGGCUCAACUCCCCCACCUCCCGGCCACGAAAAGCUUUGGACCGGGGCUAACGGCCUCAUUCACAGAAACACUGAAGAUAACCACAAUACCUGUGCCUAAUUCACAGUCCUCAUUACCUCUGGGACCGCUCGCUCUGAGUGGACGAUCCUGGCGUGUGAUGUCAUCAGAAACAGGUGUUAAGUAGGCUAGAGACGGUUUCCAUGGCAACAGUGAAACCUCUUCCUCCUCCCCGUCUGUCUCUCCUCUGCUGGUCGAAGCCAGGGACAGAGACUCGGCAUGACGGCAGAACUCUGAACGACACGGAUCCCAGCGGGGUCCACAUUUAAACGUUAAAUAAGCUGACUGAUCCAUUAACCCUUUGAGCUCAGCCUGGAACACACUGCACUUUUAGAUCUGGGGAUGUCAUCAUGUCAUUCAGCAGCUGAUUGGGAACCGAGAAUAAUUAUAUAUAUACAGAAAAAAAAUGCUCCUCAGUGGCUAAAAUGUCUGAUUAAAGUCUUAUUUUUUCAUCUAACAUUGUAGAGGUGGUACGGGCUCCUGGAGGUGGAAGUGAAACCCUCCAGGACGCUAAACCUGUCAGCUGUCAGCACAAAGGGUUAAUGACGAGACUAAGGCCACGCUAGGCCAGUUCCAAGUUACGUUUUUGCACAUUUGUGAGAUAUUAUGUCAGUAUUUUAAUUUUUCCAAGUGCCUUUUUACUAUAGGUAAAUAUAGAAGUUAUACACUAUAUGAAAAAAUAUUAUAUGAAAAUAUAUUUUUCCUGCGACGUGUUCUGUGGUUGAACAUGCAGAACUUUAGAGUUGUAAAAGUCUCCAAUUGGUACAACAUAGCGGCGUUCUCCUGUUUUAUAGGAAUUUUAUUACGAUAUUGAUAAUAAUGUCAAUGAAACAAAAACGUUUAAUAAAGCUGCAUUUGAUA